AUGGUGCUAUUGUUCACGCCGAAGCAUCAAAAACUGGUCAAUCAAUGCUAUCCUAGUGGGAGAACCACAGACAAAAAGCCAAAGUCCUCAGAAACGUCGUAUUUGUUGUACUAUGUGAACUCCAGGAGAACGAAAUUAGAAAAGGUCAGCAGCUUUUUGGCGCGCAAAAGCACUGCAGACUUGAACCACAGACGUAUCGGCAAUAUAUCUGUAACGCUGGAACUUAUGGACAAAAUUGUGAACCAUUGCAAGGAGAAUUUGAAUGUUUUUGUCCGGGACUUUCUGCAGAUAAUGGUAAGGAUCUUGUCCAAUAACAACGUGAACAACGACGCGAGCGUGGUUGAAAACGCAGAACGGACCUUUGGAAGCAUUUGCCGUCUUUUGGACGGUGCGCUUUGCAACGGAGACGCAGACUUCAUCGACUCGUUCCAAGCUUUCGUCAAUCUAUAUUUUCAAGUGGUGACUGAGAGGCUACGCGACGACAGACUUUUGCUAAAAGGCUGUACUGACAUCUCGACCGUAGAAAAUCUUGCAUUGAAUCCACAAGGUAGCAUUUUAAUCUCGCGAGCAGUGGAGUACGCCCUCACUAAAUUCCAGGAGAAAAACCCCCAAUACAGGGUUCAGAGUCUUGAGGCAACGGGAGACCUUGCAAUGACAAAACGACUCACUAGGACGCAAACGCAAACCGUGGGUCUAGACGAUCUCAUAAACAGUGACGAUUACGGGAUCGAAGCUCUCCGGUCUUUCUUCAACACUUCUGAAACCGAUAAGUUGACUUUAUCGAUUAAAGUUCUACUCAGUGUUUUGCUGAAAACGCCAAACCAAAAGCUUUUGCAGUUUAUUUGUAACGGUAUACCCGUUCAUUUGAGAUACAUCGUGAUUCUAAUUUUCAUUCGCCAGCUACAACAAGACUCUCAGCACUCAGUUGUUACUUUGAAGCUAAUUUCAAGUCUGCUGGUUUCUGAAGUCAGUAUAGUAGGUCUGAGCAUCAUAGAUGUUAUGAGAAAGCUACUCAACACUCAAACAAUGAACGGGAUCUCGAAAGAGGUUAGCAAUCAGUGUGCCACCACAAUUGGAGACCUGAAUCGUAAAACCUACUACAAAGACCAGACUUCAGACAUGUUUUCUGAAAUUCUAAUAAGACUCAAGGACAAUCGAAACUCGGCUUAUACAGAUAGUCUGCGUCGCGAUUUGCAAGAGCUGGCCAGUUCCACCUUCACACCAUCUCUCAGCUUAGACACGUACAUGGAGCUAUUCCCGUUCCUCGACGAGCCGCUAAAGCUCUUCAAUGUCGUGAGCAAAACCUUAACUGGCUCCUUUUCCAUAUCUAAGCUGUUUCAUGUGAUAGACAACCUGAAGUCUCCUGAGAGGCAGCGAGACUUCAUGUCCGCUGCGUUUGAAAAAUACAGAGGCAUUGCUCUGUUAGCGGGCUUAAAACACUACCUUGACUUUGAUGAGACUCAGAAGACUUGUUACUUCUUUUAUCAUCUAGAAGCCGCGAAUUUCCUAAAUUAUAGCGACUACCAAUCGCAAGCGAAGUACAAACAAGAGUGUGGUGAUCACUUCACGCAGGAAAACCUUUUGAACUAUUAUUCCGACCUGGGCUCUAACAAGUACUCUGAAAAGGGCAAGCAAAUCAUUUUGUCCAGAGAAACGAACGUCUCCACGACGGAUCUUUUAUCGAAUGGAAACCAUACACAUAGCACCGGAGCUGAAGGUAGCGGCAAGCUUGACCAUAGCCUCAAAGUCCCUCCUCCUUUGACGCAAGAUUUUAGCCGGAUACCGAAGUUUGCCCUUACGUCUGACGCACGGUCUCUAAAGUCUUUAAAGCACUCGUCACCUACCGUCAGAGACCUCAAAGCUGCCAGGGGCAACGGAGCGUCACAUCUUAAACGCCAAACUGUUUCUCGAGGCUCGCAAUCGGUCAGAUCACACGUCACCAAUAUCACCUUCCUACUUUCUGAGCUCGGGGACGAAGGUCAAGAAAGCAGGAUUGUCGAUCCUGAUGAAGAAGAAGUAUUUGGCAUGGAAAAAUCAGACCUUGCAAGAUCAGAGUCUCUUAAACUCCACAACAUUGUGUUCAAAGGCUCCAAACGUUUGAGUAUUCCACUAAAGCUCCAAGAGGACGGUGACGAAUUUCAAGAUGCGAACGAAGAGUUCCAGGUCACAUCAACCAGAGGAAAACUCUUCACCGCCUAA